CCAUCGAGAGAAUUCAACUAACACUGUGGAAUAAGUGAAUUAGCAAUUUUUAUGUGAGAUACAGUUAUAGAAUAAGCCUUUGCAAGAACUGGUGUGGAAUCAUGCUCCUGUCCACCCAAAGCAAAACUACGGAGUACCACAAACCUUUACCAACCUCAUUCAACAGCUAUCUGACGACGCUACAUCCCAAGUGAGUCACAAUGGAAAGCCCAGUGAUGCCUUUGAAGUAAAGACAGGAGUAGGAUAUGGUUUCUUACUACCAACGAUGAUCUUCCUGAAUGUGGUCGACUGGAUCAUGCAAGAAACUGUACGGAGCUGUGAGAAGAUGGCUAUAUGCUGUUUGACCGGUGAAAAGACCUUAGCAGAUUUGGAUUUUGCCAAUGAUGAUUCAUGUCUUAUGUUGCACAAAAUAGAAGAUCUACACCCAAAAACCAACAAGUUGACAGAAAAGGCAGCGAAGACAGGACUUCAUAUGAACGCAGAGAAGACAGAAGUGAUGAAGAUACCCAAACAACAACAACAGCAACAACAAGCACCAAUCACCAUCAACGGGAGAAACCUAAAAUAAGUAGUCUCCUUCAGCUACCUACCCACCUACCGAGGCAGCAUCGUUUCAACUACAGG